AUGCCGGGCGUCGUCAUGGACACUGCCAACAUCGGCGGACAGGUGGAAGUCUCAGGCCGAGACUCUCAGAAUGGAACAUCAUAUCCAGCUGGGGAGAAGUUCUCGUCAAAGGGUUCUGCUGUUCCUCAAAACGGUUCUUAUCAUGCAAAUGGCCUGGAGAAGGGUUCUGUUUAUCGCCCAGACGCAUCGACCGUCUUAUCUGCGAUAGGGAAACGAGGAGAGUUGCCAGGUUUACCACAUGUGAUGCAAGGAUUCUUUCCCUUCUCGACAUUGAUCAAUAGAUCGGCUCAACAGUGCUGGAACGAUCUGCUCGAAAUAAUCACGGAACUCGCAGAAAUUCAGGUGGCUCCUCUCGAGUCGGUAUACGCAUCAGUCCCUAUCAUGGGAAAAUCACCAGGGAACCAAUCUUCUGAGAAUAUACAGAAAAAGCUCCGCUUACUCGAAUUUGCCCAUGCUAAACGUGCCGAGUUCAUCAAGCUACUCGUUCUUUCUCAAUGGGGUCGACAGGCAGCGGAUGUCAGCAAGCUUAUUGACAUCCAGAAUUUCAUACGUAUACGUCAUCAAGCUUACACAGGAGCUCUACAAUGGGUGGGAGAGAUGAAAAAAGACCUCGUUCGGGCGCAAGUGGCAAAUCCUGAUAUUAGAACGUCCCUUGAGGUGCUGUCGAAGGGGAAAUUGGCGUCGAUGUUCGAUCUCGGUUAUAAACCUCCCAAGAAUUUGACGCCGAGACGAACCUUGAGGAAGUUGCACAAAAUCAACAGAUUAUUGAGUACCCGGCUUGCGCUGUAUGAUGAGCUUCCUCCCUCCUUUCAAACAUACCGCAUUCAUGACGGUCGGGUCACCUUCAUUGUACCCGCUGAAUUUGAACUUGACUUGUCUAUUGGGGAAGGCACUGGACUCUCGCAAUUCUACUUCGUUGACAUUCGCUUCCUCUUUCGUCCAUCUUCACCGAUCCCAAGAGGGCGAAUAUUCAACGAGCUUGAAUUGAAAGUCAAUGAUGUACUUCAAAAGCGCGGCUUGCCCGGCUGUUUUGAUUUCUUGCAUAAUCUGGUUCUUACGAAUAAGAUCAAUAUCCUCUUCAAACAAGCUACUGAAAUGGCAAGGGGGCUUUGGGCAGAUGUAUUGCGCAUCGAGCUGUUGCAUCGAACGGUUGUUGUCCAUUACUGGGCACGGAAGCCUGGUAACAAGAGCUGGGUAGAAGUUGGGAUUAAUAGCGGCCGUCGCGGGCCAAGAAAUGGGGUCUCUAUGCCACCAUUUCUGGGAUUGCGUUGGAUGAGAGACGGCGAGGAAGUUGUUCCUCGGCAAAUUCAUUUCGACACAGCCGACCUCUCUAUGGAACGUUUACUACGAAGUACCAUUGCGCUACAUAUGUCUCAUAUCAUCUCCUCGGCCUAUCAUAGCAUAAGUCGAAGCUUACUCUACUCGACCAGCUUGCUGUCCCUACAAGCCCAGCUUACAACCACUGAGCCCGGUAACUGCCGACUUGAGGUUCAACUCACGGAAACCAGAUACCUGAGGGUUUCCGUCGAGCCAAUGUCAGGCACGAACGUCUUUUCCACCACACCGAUUAUCCUCGAGCGUAUUGAGACUGAACGGCCCGCGGACAAAUCUACUGUCGAUGACAUUGUCACCCGCGUCGCACGCCUCCGUUGCGUUGCGGCCAUAGAAGAAGUCGAAUGCUAUUUGCAAAUGCUAGGCUUUGACGUGAUGAACCCGAAAAUUUUGAAAAUAGACGUGCGCAAGGUGUUUCCACCAAACGUUCUUCGUUGCUCCUUUUUCAGUAACAGGUUCUGGGAGCGAAGGUGGAUUGUGGCAGCGACGAGUAGCAUGGAUGGUGAUAGUUGGUGGCUCGUUCAGCUUCGACCCGGGGUCGUGGCCAGGAGACAUCUAACAUACGACCUGAAUCUUGGAAGCCAACCCGCUUUUCAUGUGGCUCAGGUCGUCAGCAACACCCUCUUCCUUCCUCGGUUCGAGAGGAAUUAUGUAUCUCUCGCGGAUCUUGGGCACAGCCUAGCGGGCAUUCUGACAAUAUAUGCCAAUUCCCGUUUCUUGGCCGACUUAGGCGCCAUUCAAGCAUACCCACCUAUACACAAAUUGAAAAUUGAUGCUUGCUCCCGGUUUCCCGACAUCUUUAUUCGAUAUGAAUCUGCAAAACUUCCCAGUGCCUUCCGCUUAGUCCUGCCUGCAGGAAUAAGAAAGCAACACUUCAUCAAACAAACCAUUCGUCUUACAUUCCUAGGGAUCGAUUCUCACACAAAUCUCGCUAUAGUAGGAGCCUACGGAAGACUCAACAUUCCGGUGAAAGCUUUUGGUGCCCUCAUCUCGAAGUGGGACCGCUCUUUGGUGUUCCAGGAGAGCCAUGACGGCUUUUCAAUUCGUCUCUUCGCACCGACAGGCCGACCUGUCAUUAUCAAUCUCAUGGAAAACCUACAGAGACUCGAAUGUGUACUGUCUAUUCUAGAUUCCUUACAACAAAAGAAGAUAGAGGUCACAGCAAUAUCGCUGGAAGGCAUCUCCUUCACCUAUGGGGCUAGGAAGGAUCUCUCUGCUAGGCUCGAGAUUGCGAUUCAAAAAAAUCCUUCUUUUUCAGAAAUGGAUGCCGCUGAGCUUGCAUCUAGCUCUGAUUCAAUCUUCCAUUUACAGCUCGGUAUACGGUUUGACUCCACAAAUCCUCAUCGUCGGAUCCAAGGAGCUCUCGCAUCUAGUUUAAAUCGUGCCACGACUGAUGUCAGCAUGGAAACCAUCGCUGAGCUUCUGGCAACUACCCUGCCCCUAAUGCGAGCUUUGGAUGAUCUCAUGGACAACACUUCUCGGAAUGAGUCCUUACAAGUUCAGGUGACGGUGCGAAACGCCAUGACAUACACCAUUCAUUAUCCUAAUGCAAAUCUAUACUUUCGCUUGGUUGCCAGGAUACGUUCGAAUCGCCCAGUAUGGGUGCUCAGACAUGUGGACAAUUCUGAGCCCAGUUCUGACCAGGCCAAACAUAUGUGCAAUAUACAGCAAUUACUGUAUGAUGCCAAAAGCGAUGACUGGAGAGGGAUUGGAAAUGGUGUGAUUGCACGAGUUGACCGGAUUGGGAUUCUCCUGAAAGAACUUCACAAUUGUAUUACUGCCUCCAUUUCUGAAUCUCCUUUGGAUAAAGACAGUGUCAGGGGACAAUCUGAUAGCAAGUUCACACAACCCGCACCGCUCAAUGCGGCGGCUCCGAUGGUGGUGACGGCUUCGGCGCAGCAGGAAUCAUCACAUGCUACUCCUUUACAGGAGAGAAGCUUUCAACAUUCUGAGAGCGUUACUUCGAAUACUGCAGAUGUCAUUAUGAUUGAUUAG